ACGGCUUCUUCUUGGGAGAAGAAGGUGUGUGUGUAUGUAUACGUCGAUGGGCGAUUGAGUGAGCCUGGCCGAGUUUUCCUUUCGUGACCGGCCGCUGUCUGUCCACGCCUGCCUGAGGCGGGGAGGCCGGCAGGCUCGGUGAUCUGUUGCUCCCGCCUAUCUCCCUGGGAUGCCGCCCGCUGAUGCCGCCGCCGCCGGGGCUGGGAGAGAAGCGGCGGACGGGACGACGGACCCCCGGCUGUGGUGGAAGAAAAGGAGACCGAGCGAGUCCAUCCGGGGAGGCGGCCUCGGAAUGGACCUGGAGCGUGCUCGUGACCAGUGACCGAGAAGGGGGCGGGCCCGCCUGGGCUAGCGGGGAGACCGGCUGGCUGGCUGAGGGGAAUCCGGUCGUGGUCGACUCCACCGCAGGGCGGCGGCGGCAACAGUAGCGGCGGAUGGAGCCCGGCGCUUCUUCAGCGCGGCCGGCCGGGGAAGGUUCCUGCUUAGAGCGCCUCAAGAAUUCUCUGCCGGGACCCGCCGACCUGGCUGGGGCGGCUAGCACGUUGGAGAGGAUCCUGAGGGAGUCCGUGUGUCAAUUGCAGGGCUGGCUCCGGGUCUACGAUGUGGCAGGACCGCCAACCCAUAGGCUAUCUUGUGGCCAGUCUCCUGAUUCGGAAACUAUAAUAUGGGAGACAAAGUACUCCAUUUUGACUGACAGCCAGCUUGUGCUACUAAACAAGGAGAAGGAGAUGGCUGUCGAAGGAGGGCAGGAGCAGGCAACAGAAUCUACCAAAGGGCGUUGCCUGCGGCGUACUGUGAGUGUUCCUUCGGAGGGUCAAUUUCCUGACUAUCCACCAGAGGGGACUACAAAGCUAGAGGUCCCAGCAGAGAGGUCUCCUCGCAGACGGAGUAUCUCAGGGACAAGUACAUCAGACAAAACCAACCCCAUGGAUGCAUCAAACACAUCUCCAUUCAAAGUGCCGGGCUUCUUCAGUAAGCGGCUUAAAGGUUCAAUCAAAAGAACAAAGAGCCAAUCAAAGUUGGACAGGAAUACCAGCUUCCGUCUUCCAUCUCUUAGGCCUGCUGAUGACAGGUCCCGUGGCUUACCAAAACUGAAAGAGUCUCGUUCUCAUGAAUCUUUACUGAGUCCAGGCAGUGCUGUAGAGACACUAGAUCUUGGGACAGAAGAGCGAGUUUUCGUCAAGCCACUUCAUAGCAGUAUACUGGGACAAGACUUCUGCUUUGAGGUAACUUAUUCCAGUGGCAGUAAAUGCUUCAGCUGCUCUUCUGCUGCCGAAAGAGACAAGUGGAUGGAAAACCUGCGCAGGGCAAUACAACCUAACAAGGUACCAUAUAAGGAUAACUGCCGACGAGCUGAGAAUGUAUUGCGUCUUUGGAUCAUUGAAGCCAAGGACUUGGCCCCCAAGAAGAGGUACUUCUGUGAAUUGUGCCUGGAUGAUACUUUAUUUGCCCGCACUACAAGCAAAACAAAAGCUGACAAUAUCUUCUGGGGUGAGCACUUUGAGUUCUCUGGCCUCCCCCCUAUCUACAGCAUCACUGUGCACAUCUAUAAGGAUGUUGAGAAGAAGAAAAAAAAGGACAAGAAUAACUAUGUUGGUCUGGUAAACAUUCCCAUAUCCAGUGUGACUGGACGACAAUUUGUUGAGAAGUGGUACCCCAUCAGCACACCCACACCCAAUAAAGGGAAGACAGGACCAUCCAUCCGGAUCAAAUCUCGUUAUCAGACCAUCACCAUCCUCCCCAUGGAGCAAUAUAAAGAGUUUGCUGAAUUUAUUACUAACAAUUAUACUGUGUUGUGCUCUGUUCUGGAGCCAGUGAUCAGUGUCAGGAACAAAGAGGAGAUGGCAUGUGCUUUGGUGCACAUUCUUCAAAGUACCGGCAGAGCCAAGGACUUCUUGACUGAUCUGGUGAUGUCUGAGGUGGAUCGUUUUGGGGAACAUGAUGUGCUGAUUUUUAGGGAGAAUACACUUGCCACUAAAGCCAUCGAGGAAUACCUCAAGCUCGUAGGACAGAAGUAUCUGCAAGAUGCUCUUGGUGAAUUUAUCAAGGCAUUGUAUGAGUCAGAUGAGAACUGUGAAGUGGAUCCCAGCAAAAGUUCACCAACCGAAUUGGCCGAUCACCAGGCCAAUCUUAAAAUGUGUUGUGAGCUGGCUUUCUGCAAGAUCAUCAACUCCUACUGUGUCUUCCCCCGGGAGCUGAAAGAGGUGUUUGCAUCAUGGAAGCAGCAGUGCCUCAACAGGGGGAAGCAGGAUAUCAGUGAACGCUUGAUUAGUGCUUCACUUUUCCUCCGUUUCCUCUGCCCAGCCAUCAUGUCUCCAAGUCUCUUCAACCUCAUGCAAGAAUACCCUGAUGACCGUACCUCUCGGACUCUCACACUAAUUGCAAAGGUUAUCCAAAACCUAGCAAACUUCACAAGAUUCGGGAACAAAGAAGAAUAUAUUACAUUUAUGAAUGACUUUCUCGAGCAUGAGUGGGGAGGCAUGAAACGCUUCCUGAUGGACAUUUCUAAUGCAGACACCAUCUCCAAUACACCUGGAUUUGAAGGCUACAUAGAUCUUGGAAGAGAGAUUGCUGUCUUGCAUUCCUUGCUGUGGGACGUUGUUUGUCAGCUGGACAAGGGUGAAAAUUCCUUCCUACAGGCAACGGUAGAAAAACUGGGACCUUUGCCACGCAUCCUCACAGACAUUGCGAAGGCUACAACAAAUCCCACACCGAUCCAGCAGCAGUUGAGACGUUUGGCAGAUCACAACUCAAGCCCCAAUGUCAGCCUCUCCUCAGGGCUGCAAAAAAUAUUUGAGGACCCUGCUGACAGUGAGCUCAAACUGAAGUUGCCAACCCAAGAAAGCGAAGGGUAUUUCAAAGGCAAGUUGCUGUUGAUUCAACAGGCGUCAUCGCGAAGCGUGACUUACUCAGACAAGGGUGACGAGACUAACAUGUCAAACAUCCGAAGCAUAUCACUGAUGGAUCUCCAAGAUCCCAGUGUCAUGCAGUGUGAUCCUGGAUCCAUGAUGCAUGAUGCUCCUGUACGUUUAUCUGGUAGCCAGCUUUCAGUCAUCCAGGUGGCGAACAUCAAACAGCUCCACAGCACACCACAGAGUGCCCCUCAGGUCAGGAGGCCUCUGCACACAGCACUAAACCAGCAGGGCAGUCUGCAGCCCCUUUCCUUCCAGAACCCUGUUUACCAUCUCAACAAUCCUCCUCAGCCAAUGCCAAAGGUGUCCGUGGCCUCCAGUUUGGAGAACUUGAGCGUCACUAGUUCCCAAAGCCAGAACAGUGAAGAACUUAAACUCAGUGGACCUAGCAACAGCAGCAUGGAGGACUUCACCAAACGCAGCACACAGAGUGAGGAUUUUUCCCGGCGGAGCACAGUAGUGGACAAACAUGUGCCCAUGGCUUUAGCUCGCCAGAACAGCACUGGGCAGGCCCAAAUCCACAAAAUGGACCAAGCAGGGCUGGGUGCGAGAGCCAAGGCACCCCAGUCACUUCCCCAUAGUGCUUCUCUGAGAAGCACAGGGAGCAUGUCUGUAACAUCUGCCACCAUGGCAGCAGAGCCUAUUCAGAAUGGAAAUCGCUCCCGGCAGCAAUCCUCCUCCUCCCGGGAGAGCCCAGUUCCCAAAGUGCGAGCCAUCCAACGCCAGCAAACACAGCAGAUUCAGUCACCUGUAGACUCUGCCACAAUGUCACCUGUGGAAAGGACAGCUGCUUGGGUCCUAAACAAUGGGCAGUACAAAGAAGAGGAGGAAGAUGCUGAGCAAAACCAAGAUGAAGAGAAGCAUGCAGAAAAGUAUGAACAGGAGAUAACCAAGCUCAAAGAUCGCCUGAAAAUGUCAAGCCGCCGACUGGAGGAGUAUGAGCAGCGGCUCCUGGUGCAGGAGCAGCAAAUGCAGAAGUUAUUGAUGGAAUAUAAGGCUAGGUUGGAAGAUAGUGAAGAGCGGUUGCGAAGGCAGCAGGAGGAGAAGGAUAGCCAGAUGAAGAGCAUCAUUAGCAGGUUAAUGGCUGUUGAGGAGGAACUGAAGAAGGACCACGCAGAGAUGCAGGCGGUCAUUGACACAAAGCAGAAAAUAAUUGAUGCACAGGUCUUAAAUGGGGAUGAGAUAAUUCAAGCAGGAAAAAAGGAUCCUUUCUCUGGAUUCAGCCAACACGCGAUUGAUGAGUGCCCUAACACAAGUGAAGGAACAUUACAGCAUGCAAGCCCGGAACGGCAUUUCCCCCACCAACCCCACCAAGCUUUCCAUCACGGAGAAUGGUGAAUUUAAAAACAGUAGCUGCUAACAGCAACUUAUCCCACCGACAAAUUGCCCGCUCCUCAUUUCUCCCACCCACUCUAAGGCUAGCCACACAACUCCCUCAAUGCUCCCCAAAGCAGCCUGCUUCAAAGAAGAAUGCUUCAAGGAAAAUUGGACAAUAGGGAUGCAGAGAUUGUGUCCCUUGUGUCAUUUUAAAGGUAGCGAUCCCCCAGCCUGCCACCACCAUGCACCAAUAUAUGCAUAUAGACCUGCCUGGGCUCUUCAACGUUGCCACGGAGAGUCUGGACCACCUUCUCAAUUUUGACACGGCUGAGUUUCCAGUCUGCUUCUCUGGUGUUCAGAGCACAGUAGAAGCCUGUGAUAUGCUUGGAUCAGUCUAGGACGGAGUAGGCAUCAAUGCAUUGUCUGUCCAGCUAAGCUCAGAACAAGCUGCUAAAUUGUAAAUGAGGGAGAAGGGCCACAGGAGCUCAUGUUCUGCAGCAUGAGAGGAUACUUUCAGUAGCAACAUUGAAAAGGGGCCCCCUCAGACAGUCUACAUGUGUGGAUAUGUGGCAGUAGCAGGUCUGGGGGAAACCCACCAUCUAAAAUUCUGUAGCAGUUAUAGUCCUUGCAUUCCCAUUUGCCAAAUAUCCCCAGAGCCUCCUACGUUAGAGUGGGAUGCUUUGUGAAGACUGAGGAGAGUGGAAAUAAAUCUAUGAAAUAUCUCUUCCACCAGUCUAUAUAUGGACCUAAAUUUCCCCUUCCUCUCAGAGCAUCUUUUUUCUGAGCCCUGGUUCCAAGGCAUUCAAUCAUGUUGUUGCACACAGUCAAUGGCAGUUCCAUUCACCACUGCAACAUUCCCUCCACCUCUAAAUAUGAAAGGCUGCUUCUCUUUUUAUUUAUUUAUUUUCUACUUUUAUUGAUUUUUUUUUAAACUUUAGUGGCAUAAUAUGUAAAUUGUGCCCCAAAAUUGAACAAAACCCUUCUGUUAUCUUAGUUUGUUAAUUACCUACAUUAAAGCAGUAUUUGUGUUGUACCUUAUCUUCAGAUUCGUUUUCAUUCCAAAAGAUGAUAAAAAGCUUCCAGUUUUCUAGGAAGAAUAUGUACAGAACUUUUUCUUGCUCAUCCACAUCGGGGUGAUGGAAAUAAGCUUACAAAUCAACCAACUUUCCUAACCAUACCCCAGUGGAGUGUUUCUUCUGGUUCCAAUUAUGUUAUAAUAAUUUUGGCAGAUUUUAACAAAUUUCUGAUCCUCCAUGUUUCUUUUUAGCACACUGCAUUGUAUGGGAAAGUGAGGAGGAGGAGUUAUUAGAGUAGAUGUCCCACCUACCACAUUUCUGCUGCAAAAUGGUUCCCAUCCCAUCCCAUUGUAGCCUCUUCAUCAGCAACCUGAUUUCCACAAUGUGGGUCUGCCACUGGACAUCUGUUUUGGCCUGAAAAGAACAAUAUGUAGUGUAAACAGAAGUUCAUCCCAUUAUCUCCUGAAUAAUCUUUUGGACCUCCUUCCACUAACAUUUUACAAUUGUACAAUGUCACCAAAUGCAAGAAUUAAGCCCCGUUUGCCUGACACUUCCAGCAUAUGCCAGUGAUGAUCAUGUACAUUCUUUUAGUUCCUGUAGGCAUACUAGUACCACUGGAAGAAAAAUUUACACUUCCCCUAUUUUCUUGCUACAUUUAUUGAUAUCAUAGAUCUGCUUUACAAUUGUCAUUCAGUGCUCUACAGAUAUUUUGGUUGGCACAUCCUUUCCCUUAUUCAUUACCUUGGGAUAAUAGAGAUUUUUGGAGAUAAGUCCUUUACAUAUAUUUAAAAUUCAAUAGGCAUUCAUAUACAAUUAGAUCCCCAAACACAAUUGUCUUUGCACUUUUGGACAGCAAAUUUCAAAUGUCAGUACUAGAAAAACAAAGAAGGUUGCUCUUGCAUUUUAUCUUGAUUCAUUUUAUAUUAAAAGCCGUUUUUUCAAUAUGUAAAUUAUAAAACCUUGUCAGUUUGGCCUUUUGCCAUGCACAUAAUUACAGUCUUCUAACUAUGGAAAAGCCUGUGUGAUAAAUUACAGAAGAGUGAAGUGAUGGGAUAGGAGUAAGCUAUGUAUAUUUCAUAAUUUUUUAUUAUAAAAGUAUGCGCUAAAAUUUUUCUGUAGCAUGACCCAUUUCUGUAAGGAUCUAGUGUGACUUUGCUGAUCCAUAAAUUAAUUGAGAUUACUACCUUUUAUAUCCCAAUCAUGGCACAUCACAGUCGGAUCAUAUGUGCGACUGCCUGUGCUCCUCUUUGUGCCUUCUGCUGCAUUGGGAUGUUCUUUGCCACUUGAGACCUUAUUAUUCCAAAUAAGGCAAUGCAUUAAGGAUUGAAUUAAAUCCUUAACUUCUGCUGUGGUAUUUUUACAGCCAUUGUAAGCAGCAGCAGCAGCGAAGGGGAAUUAUAUUGGCAAUAAGUUCAUUUUUAUUAUAUCGCAGUCCUACCCAGGCAUUCAAUGUUUUGUUGAAUCCAUCCAUUUUAAUCUUGUCUUAUCAGUAGAUCAAUGGCCCUCCGUGGCGCAGAGUGGUAAGCAGCGGUAACACAGCCGAAGCUCUGCUCACGGCCGGAGUUUGAUUCCAACGGAAGGAGGAAGUUGAAUCUCCGGUAAAAGGGGUCGAGGUCCACUCAGCCUUCCAUCCAUCCAUGGUUGGUAAAAUGAGUACACAGCAUAUGCUGGGGGGUAAAGAAAGGCCAGGGAAGGAACUGGCAAUCCCACCCCAUAUAUACGGACUGCCUAGUAAACGUCGCAAGACGUCACCUAAGAAUCGGAAACGACUCGCACUAUAAGUGCGGGGACACCUUUACCUUUUUAUCAGUAGAUCAUUCUGGGAGCUAGAAGUCUGCCCUUGCAAGGGUAACUCUUACUCUUCUAUUGCACUUUGAAGGGAAACCCCAACAGGCCUGUGGUGCAUUUGUGGUGGCAAUAGGCUGAAGAAGACACAACACUUAAAGGGCAGUGUUCAACCAACUUUUUGUGCAAGCACAAUGGUGUGUCCCUCCCUUGCAUGCAUCCUGUGACAUCCUCAGAUCUGCUCCAAGGGUUGGGGGGGGAACCCAGAAAAGAUUUACGGGGUGUAUGGAGGAGGAGACAGGGAGAUUGUUUCAUUGCACAAGGAGAAAUCCUCACACUGAUGGAACAAUUGCAUUAGUGCUACGCUGAAUACUACCCACAGUCUCUGCAUCCCUAUAUUCCAUAAUCCUUUGAAGCCUCCUAAUUUGGAAGCAGAAUACUUUUAGGAGCAUUAAUGGUUACCACAAAGGAGAGAGGAAUCUAUGUAUCUCUGCAAGUAUGGCGUCUCCAAGUGAGGGAGGGCUACACUGGAGAAAUGCAUGCCUCUUUGCCAUUUUUAUACAUGAAGUAAUGGGGUGGGAUUCCAGAUAUGCAAAGCAGUAGGCAGCGUUGUGCUAAUCAUGGUCAUGAUCCUAGCCUCCCCUCCCCAAAAUCAUCUUGUUACAGUGAAAUCUCCAUCCUUCUAAUAACUUAGACCCUAUACAAGAAGUGGGGAGGAGUGAGAGAGAGAGAGGAGAGCAUGUGCUGGUGAAACCUUCUUCCACAAAUUCUAGCUGUACAAUAGAUCUGCUGCCUCCUGGGCCUUAAUAAAAAUGUUACCUUGCAGGACUCUCUUUUUAUUUUUGUUUUGCAAUGCUAGCUUUGAAUAAUUUAUUUUGAUAUGGUUUACCAUUUAACACAGUACCUUGUUUCCUUGUUCCCCUCUCUAAACCUGUAUUUUUAUGCCAGUAGUGCUGGACUCUUUGGGUCUCCAGGACCCACUUCUGCAUUUCAUUGUCUGGGUUUAUUCUAAAGAAGAUUUAUUUUUGUUCUGUGAAUAUUUUUGAACAGUUUCUUGUAUAUGUACAGAUAUAGAUACAUUUGAGGUUUUAUUGAUAUUC